AUGGAUGGAAGGGCUCGUGGAGGAAGUAAAGCGAAUUUUAUCGGAAGUAGUCGAUUCACUGCCAAGUUAGAGUUAAUUGACAGCAUGACCAAACUGGGGUUGUCCAACCUUUUUGAAAAUGAAAUGAAAGAAGCUCUUGAAACAGUUGCAUCCAUCAACAAUGAUGUUUUCACCAUGGAAGAACAUCUCUAUGCCAGUGCACUUCGGUUUAGACUCCUUAGACAACAUGGCCAUAUCAUUUCGCAAAAUGAAUUAAGGAGCUUCAAAGAAGGAAGCAUCUUAUUCAAUAGAAGCAAUUGCGAAGAUGUUGAAGCUAUGAUAGAGCUUCUUGAGGCUUCACAUCUGGCUUUGGAAGGUGAAAACAUUUUGCAUGAAGCGAAAGCCUUCUCAACUGGGAUUCUUCGCAAGAGAGUCUCCAGUUUGGACGGUCGGCUCUUUAAACGCGCGGUACACGCUUUGGAGCUUCCGAUGCAUUGGAGGGUCCAGUGGUUUGACAUCAAAUGGCAAAUAAGCUUGUACGAGCAACGGGAGGACAAGCAAAGCAAUCUGCUUGAGCUUGCCAAACUCAAUUUCAACACGGUCCAAGCCACACACCAAAGAGAUCUUAGAGAGAUAUCCAGGUGGUGGAGGGAUCUGGGACUUAUGGAGCACGUGGACUUCACGAGGGAUCGGCUGGUCGAGAGUUUCUUGUGUGCCCUUGGACUCUCUCAGGAACCACGGCUCAGCUCGCUCCGUAAAUCUCUCACCAAAGUCGUCAUCUUGAUACUGGUGAUCGACGAUGUCUACGACCUUUAUGGUUCGUUGGAAGAGUUGGAAUGCUUUACCAGCGCCAUUACCAGGCGGGACUCGGAGCAGAUUCAACACCUUCCCGAGUGCAUGAAGGUGUGUUUCCGAGCACUUAACGAUGUUAUUCACGAGAUCGCUUAUGAUAUUGGAAAAGAUGAAGAUUGGCAUUGA